AUGCCACCGCCACCUUCUCCCUAUCAAAUCAGCAUUCCACCCACUCAAUCAGCUUCUCCUCUAGUGCAUCAGUAUUCAGUUCCACUACCAACUCCAGUUUGCAAAGAUCCAUCUUCCCUACUCGUUCAAUCGCUCAAAUCAACAAUUCCUCUGCCCUCGGUGAAAAGACCUUAUCCUAUUCUUGCACCUCCUCCACCUCUAACAUUUGAAAGCCAUAUAAGCCUUCUCAUUCCUACAUUACCACUUUUUCCUCCUCCCUAUCCCCAGGUACCUCAUCCGUAUCCUACUCUUGUGCCUCCUCCAACAUUUAAAAGCCCCAUAAGCCCUCUCAUUCCUGCACCACCACUUUCUCCUCCUCCCUGCCCUUGGGCAUCUCCUCCAGCACCACCUAUUCCCUCCUCUAAGAAGCCAAAUACUCAUCCAAGUCCAACUAUAAAAACACCCCUUUCACCUCCAGCACCAAAACUUUAA